CAUUUUGAACCAGCCCAAGAAAUUCGUGUGCGUGUGUGAAUAUCAAAACGGUGACAAAGCCGAACCGCUCGGGAAAUUUUGCAACUUUUUUGGUGUAAUAUGCCAUUGAAUGGCUAGAAGUGUUUGAAAUACAUUACUGAAUGUGCAAGGAAUUGUAUAAACAUGGAAACGGUGCGAGUAUUCAAUCAGGAGCUCUCCGGGCUGUACGAGUCCAAGCCGCCGAUCUCGAAGGCGAAGAUGGCAUCGAUUACCCGGAGCGCCAUGAAGGCUAUCAAAUUUUACAAGCAUGUCGUGCAGAGUGUGGAAAAGUUCAUCUCUAAGUGCAAAUCGGAGUACAAAAUACCAGGGUUGUAUGUGAUCGAUUCCAUUGUCCGCCAGUCGCGCCACCAGUUUGGCCCGGAGAAGGAUGUGUUUGCACCUCGCUUUGCCCGCAAUAUGGAGCAAACCUUUGCGCAUCUAUUUCGCUGCCCCCCGGAAGAUAAGAGUAAGAUUAUUCGCGUGUUGAAUCUGUGGCAGAAGAAUAUGGUGUUUGCACCAGAGGUAAUCCAACCAUUGUUCGAUUUGGCCAAUCCUGAACACCCGCUUCACCAACAAUACAACGCAUCAUUGGCAGCUGGGGGUGGAGGCAUGGGUAGCGGCAGCGGUAUCGAUCAAUCGUCAAACGGGAUGAAUACUUCUGCCUUGUCCCAUGACUCACCGGGACCACUUAGCCAUGAUGAUCAUGGCAACUCGACGCAAACUUCGGAUGCGAAGCCAUUGGACCAGAACACUAUUCGUCAGUUGCAGCAGUUCCAGCAGAUUUUGAUGCGGCAAACCAGUGGCGAUAAUUCGCUUGGUUCUAGCAAAGAUCAAAUCAAGUUCAACAAAAAGCUGCUCGAUUUCGAUUACGGAAGUGAUGACGAUGACGACAAAAAUUCACCGUCGAUGCAAUCUACUUCACUGCCCGAUGGAAAUAAUAUCGCGCAAAUCUUGUCGGAUCCAAACGUGUUGAAACAACUGCAGAAUUUACAAAAGCUCAAGCAGCACGAGAUGGAGGAAAAGCAAAGUAAACUUACCGAGAUGCGACUCCAGGAGGAAAAGUUUGAGAAGCAUUUGGCUAGCGUACUGAAGAAACUACCAUUUGCGAAUGAGUGUGAUUUAAGUCGUCAGCCGCCAAUUGAUCUUAAUGCCGGGCUUUCGUCAUCCAAGGAUAAUGACCCUGACGAUUGUAUAGUAACUGAGGUAAUCAGCGAUACACGCAGCUCAUCGCCACGGAGCACAACGGCCGACCAGUACAAGUCAUCCUCGUCGUCAAGGCGUCGGAAGAGCCGCUCACGCUCUCCACGGGAUCGCCGUGAUCGAGGAGACAGAGGGGGCCGCAGAAGGUCACGUUCGCGAUCUCGCUCAAGAAGUCGGUCACACUCACCAAGACGAGGCCGCGGAGGUCGUGGAUCGUCCCGGGAUCGGGAUCGCGAUCGCGUUAGCCAGAAAGACAAGGAACGCGAGAAGGAGCGUGAAAGAGAACGCAAAAAGCGUGGUCUGCCGGAGAUCAGAAAGGAACACCUAAGUGUAUGCAGUACCACCUUGUGGGUUGGCCAUCUAUCCAAAUUGGUACAGCAGGAAGAACUGUCGGAUACAUUUGGAAAAUAUGGCGACAUCGUUAGCAUUGAUCUUAUUCCUCCCCGCGGGUGUGCAUUUAUUGUGAUGAAUCGUCGCCAGGAUGCAUAUAAGAGUAUGCAGAGUUUGAAAAGUCACAAAAUGCACGGGCGUACAAUAACUAUCUCGUGGGCUACCGGCAAGGGCGUAAAAAGCAAGGAGUGGAAGGAUUACUGGGACAUCGAUUUGGGUGUCAGUUAUAUUCCCUGGAACAAGAUUGAUCAUAACACUGAUUUGGAGAGUUUGGAAGAAGGUGGGAUGUUCGACGAAGACACAAUGCCCCAGUGGAUGAAAGACAAGAUAACAAAUGCUUCGAAGAAAAAGGAAAAUGAAGCAUCUGGCCUCAUGAAUCCUGUGUAUGCUGUUGAUACGAGUCAACCACCUCCACCGACAGCCACAAUGAUGGGAAUGGGCAUAUCACCAUUCCCAAUAAGCAGUGUUCCAAGAUUACCACUGAUGGGAUUACCGAUUGUACCUGGUAUAGGCAUCAAUGUCCCUCCGCCCAGUUUGCUAAUGGCCGGUGGCAUCAACAAUCCUCCCCCACUUCCUAUGCCAGGAUUUGGUGUUCUGCCACCCCCUCCACCGUCUCAAGUUAUGCCCUCUGGUGGCGAUGAGAUGGAUAUAGAGAUGGAAGACGAAGGUUCGAAUCAAAGUCAUGGAGCUGCUGCUCCAGUUCCCCCAUCUAGUGUGGCAUUUUUCAAUCAACCACCGCCACCUUUGAUGCCACCGAACUCGUCUGGACCUCCGCGCUUUGGUCGAAAUCAGGAUAACGGAUCCAACUUCAAUCAGAACAGCGAUGGUGAUGGUAAUGACCAAAACAGGGGAGGUGGAAGAAAUCGCGGAGAAUUUGACCGCCGAGGUAGUCGUGAUCGAGAUCGGGCCAACCGUGGAGAUCGCGGAGAUCGUGGAGAUCGUGGAGAUCGUGGGGAUCGUGGAGAUCACCGCGGGGAUCGGAGGGAUUUCGAUCGGGAUAAUCGAGACAAUCGAGGAAGACGAAAUGUUCGUGAUAACAACGAAGGGGAGCGACAGGAACGCGCAAGCCGUUGGGGUAGUAAUGAAAGGGUGGCGAACCGUGGAGGGAACGGCAGUGAAAGCGGUCGCGAUGAUAGACCAUUGUCUGAGCGACUGCGUGAACUUGCCGGAGCGGACUUCAGUCAAAGAGGAGGCGAUAGUAACGACGGUCAGCCACCGUUCGGUGGAGGAAGGAAUUUCAGAGGUGGUAGAAACAAUGAUGUCGAUGACUUUAACAAUCGAGGAGGAGAAGAGUUUGGUCGUCGGGGCGGUUUUCAGCAGCAGGGUGGUCGCUUCAAUAAUAACAACAACAACAAUAAUCAACGCGGCGGACGGUUCAACAACCGUGGCGCUGGAUUUGCUCAGAAUCGUCAACAGCGUGGUGCCCCAGAAGGCGACAUGCAAGCAAUGAACAUCAUGUCUCUUCUCAAUAUAGGUCAACUGUUUGGUAACAAUGAACAAGAAGGUGGGGACAAUGAACAGCAGCAGAACUUUUUCGAUCGGGGAGGUGAAGGUGGUAACUUCAACAAUCGUCGAUCAAACAAUUGGAACGAAGGCGACCGUGGUAACCGUGGAGGGCGUGGUGGUCGUGGUAAUUGGAGGGAUAACAGCGAGGGUGGAGGGGAUAGUGAUGGUGGCAGAGGAGCACGAUUUGGACGACGCAAUGAUCGUAAUGAACGUAAUGAACGUAAUGAUCGUAAUGAUCGUAACGAACGUAACGAACAGAGAAAUCAAGGAAGACGUAACGAUGCUGCCGGACAGAAUGAUCAACAGCCACAACCACAACCACAGGAGCAUAAGGCUAGCGGAAAGGAAGCUGCUGAUACUAAAAAUCUGCGUUGGGAUCAAAACGAUGAAACAUGGGAUGAUGAUUGCCCAGUUGCGACCACUUCGAAUCAGCAGCAAGAGAAACCGAGGAAAGAGCAACACGAAGAGAGCUCUGAAAUGAGUAGAGGAAAUGGUAGUAUCGAAAAUUCAGAACCAUCCAAAAUGGAUGGUAAAAACACGGAACCCAAUGAAGAACAAAAUGAGGGCAAAAAGUUUGGCGGUGGAGGUACACCGCUUUUUGAUGAAAUGCAAUCAGCUGAUACGGAGCAUACACGGGAACAGGAAACACAAAGGUACUCUGGUUCUCCUCCACACAACGUAGAACAGGAACGCGAGUCCGAACCUAGAAUACGAUCUCUAGAGGCCAGAACAUCUCCUCCUCCAGAGCCCAGACAUCCAUCGCCAGAACCUAAACAUUCAUCGCCAGAGCCUAGACAUCUGUCACCAGAGCCGCCCAGACAGUUCACACCAGAACCCAGACAGUUAUCACCAGACCAACCACAAGAGCGACCACAACUGUAUUCGCCUUCGCCUCCACCCCCACCUUCUAUGGGCGCCUCGGAACCAGUGAUCGAAAGUUCGACUCUAGCGUCGGAAUCAACACCUGCUGUAGAAUCUUCAGAUGCUGUAGAGUCUGCUCCACCCGCUGAGGAUGCCUAGUUGCAUAAUUAUCUACAUCCUACAAUUGGAUAGAAAUCAAAUAUUCGGAAUUCAAUUUAAUGGAUUAAUUUAAUUUUUGUUCAAGUGGUUAGAAUAAUUAAUUUCGGUGUUUUCCAUGCGAAAACACACAUUCAUGAAUGAAUUCAUUUGUAUUUUUUCUUAGGCGAAAGACAUGAAAGGCAAAUACUUUUAGUUGUUACUCAUUUCGAAAAUCUUUUUUUUUAAUAUAUUUAAGCUCGGAUCUUGCAACGCCGUUUCAAUCUUUUUGAAACUAUUGUUCUGAUUUCGAUGCCAGUUGCAUUGCGAAUAUAUAGACUUAAAUUGUUUAAAAUUUAUGGCUAGGGAGGGUGUUGCAAAUAAAGAAGAACUCCAAUUACCAGUCCUAUAUAUAUAUAUAUAUAUAUAUAUAUAUAUAUAUA